AUGGCUGUAAUGCAGCGAAUAAAGAAACCGACAACACGUAAGGGUAAAAAGGUAUUACUUUCUAAGGAGCCAAAACCUGUCGAAGGACCGAAGCAAUGCAUAUUUUUACAAGGGCGUAAUCCUUCGGAUAGAGCUAGAAAGGUUUUACGAGAUAUAUACGACCUAAAGAAACCAGAUGCAGCAUUUCUUAAUCGAAAAAAUGACUUUGUGCCCUUUGAAGAUGCUACACUUAUUGAGAAGAUCUGUUAUAAAAAAGAAGCCGCACUGUUUGGUGUUAGCUCACAUUCUAAAAAGAGGCCACACAACGUGAUUCUGGGACGAACAUUUAAUUAUGGUGUUCUUGAUAUGAUCGAACUUGGGGCAGAGAACUUCAAAGCUAUGUCAGAAUUCCAUAAUAUGAAAGUAUUAGCUGGGCUAAAGCCGUGCUUGCUGUUCAAUGGCCCUGCUUGGGAUUUAAAUCAAGAUUUGAAAAGACUGAAAUCACUUUUUACUGAUUUCUUUUAUAGGGAGAAGGUAGAAACUAUAAGAUUGCAAGGUUUAGAGCAUGUCCUGAGUUUUACAGCAACAGACGAUGGCAACAUUUUUGUAAGGUCCUAUAGGAUACUUCUCAAGAAGAGUGGACAGCGCACUCCAAGAGUUGAGUUAGAAGAAAUAGGUCCCUCUAUAGAUUUUAAGCUACGACGCACGAGAUUAGCAUCUGAUGACUUGAUAAGAGAAGCUUGCAGGGUACCCAGAGAGCUGAAGCCGAUCACGAAGAAGAAUAUCUCGAAAGAUGCAUUUGGUAGCAAGAUGGGCCGUAUUCACAUGGGUAAGCAAGACAUUAACAGACUGCAGACAAGAAAGAUGAAGGGAUUAAAGAAAAGCGCUGAAGAGAAGAAGGAGAUGCUCUUAAAAAAGAAGAUCGCUAAGAAGGAGGCAAAAGCACAAGCCAUUAAUUCUCAAUAA